AUGCCAACCGCCGGGGCUCCCCCGGGCGCCCCUGAAGCCCCACCCUGUGCCAACUGGAGCUGCGCACCCCACGACCUGGUCCUGCUGGGCUUCGCGCACGUGCCCGCGCUGCGGCCGCUGCUCGCGGCGCUCUUCCUGGCCAUGUUCCUGGUCACGCUGCUGGGCAACGCGCUCAUCGUGCUGCUGAGCGCCCUGGACCCGGCCCUGCGUGCACCCAUGUACUUCUUCCUGCGCCACUUGGCCCUGCUGGAGAUCUGCUUCUCGCUGGACAUCGUGCCCCGGCUGCUGGUGACCCUGCUGUGGCCGGGGCGGGGCGUGUCCCCCGCGGGCUGCGCCCUGCAGCUGCUCCUGGUGCUGUCUUGCGUCACGUCCGAGUGCUUCCUCCUGACUGCCAUGGCCUGGGACCGCCACGUGGCCAUCUGCAGGCCCCUGCGCUAUGGCGCCCUGGUGAGCCCCCGGCUCUGCCACCUGUUGGCUGCCACGUGCUGGCUGGCCGGAGUCCCCGUGUCACUGGUCUUCACCGUCUGGCUGUUCAGCUUCCCCUUCUGUGGGCCCCGUGGCAUCCGCCACUUCUUCUGUGACAUCGCUCCCCUGCUCAGCCUGGUGUGUGCGGACACCAGCGUCUUCGAGGCCAGUGUGUUGGCAGCCACAGUGCUGGUCAUGAUUGUUCCUUUCUGUCUGAUAGCCACGUCCUACGGCAAGAUCCUGGCCACUGUGCUCCGCAUGCCGUCCGCCACUGGGCGCCGCAAGGCCCUGUCCACGUGCGCCUCCCACCUCAUGGUGGUGGUUCUGUUCUACGGCACUACGGGGGUCAUCCACCUGCGUCCCAAGGCCAGCUACUCCCCUGAGAGCAAGCAGGUGGUGUCCCUGUCCUACACCCUGGUGACCCCCAUGCUCAACCCCCUCAUCUACAGCUUGCGGAACAAGGAGGUGAAGGCCGCCCUGGGGCGCGUGUGUGUUCAGAGAAGGGGAACGCGCACCCCAUGA